CGAUCUAUCUCUCUAUUUCUGUGCAUCCCGAUUGGAGAUUCUGGACUCAGAGGCAGACGUCGAAGAAAGCACAAACGCAUAGUGGCACAAAAGCCGCUGGAUGCAGGGCGUGGGGAACGCUGCAGCAGAUUUGUCGUGUCUACUGCACGUGACGAGGCGUAAGACACACAAACACAUCAACCCACGUACUGUACUGAACACCAUACAGUAUCGUGUGUAAGUAUGUAAGUUCGUUCGGUCGUUAGUCCAUGAUGAAACAAAAGAGCACUUUCGUUCACAGUUCCAGCUCCACCGACUUUCUCCUUCUCCUUCUCCUUCACUGCUGUGUUCGUGUCUGAAUUCAUGUACUCCUUCGUGUUCCGUGCUGCGAAGAUUGCAGGCUGAUCAGCUGCUGCGAAGACCUAUUGUGAAAAUUUCUGUUCGCUCGAAUUGGAGGACGGACGGUUUGGGUGCUCCGCUCGAUGUCAGCCAUGGGCGUUAGGAUGCAGCUUUCCAGCCCUGUCACCUUCGUCACUGGGAAUGCCAACAAGCUCGAGGAAGUGAAGAUGAUUCUUGGCCAGACAAUUCCGUUCCGGUCUGUUAAAUUGGAUCUUCCCGAAUUACAAGGGGAACCGGAAGAUAUAUCGAAGGAGAAAUGUCGACUGGCAGCAAAAGAGGUAAACGGCCCGGUGCUGGUUGAAGAUACCUGUCUUUGCUUCAACGCCUUGAAAGGUCUUCCAGGUCCUUAUGUAAAGUGGUUCUUGCAAAAGACUGGCCAUGAAGGGCUGAACAAUCUACUCGCUGCGUACGAGGACAAGUCGGCGUACGCACUAUGCGUAUUUUCGCUGGCCCUUGGACCUGACGCGGAGCCUCUUACUUUCAGUGGACGAACUGAGGGAAAAAUUGUUCCAGCCAGAGGUCCGGGUGAUUUUGGAUGGGACCCUGUCUUUCAACCAGAUGGAUAUGACCUGACAUUUGCAGAGAUGAAGAAGGAAGAUAAGAAUAAAAUUUCACACCGAAGAAGAGCUCUAGACAAAGUCAGGGAACACUUCUACGAAAAUGACUACGCUCCUCCAGUUUAGUUUACAAUUUCAGUUAUUUGAGAAGCUUUAUCUUUCAUAGUGUGUCACUCUUGGCGUAAUCAACCUGUCCUAGCGGAGCUUUGGAAAGGGCGAAUGGUCUUCCAUGGGUGAGUUGUAUACUCCAAUAAAGAACCUGAAGUGAUACCAACAGAACCAGCAGGACAACAGCAGGCAUUCUGCUCAAUAAGCUGUAAUUAGGUUGACAAUUUUGCACCUAGUCUUGUCCAGGAAAGAUGGCACAGUCACGCAGAGGCUUCAAUUAUUCCAGGAAAAUAAAGGUAGAUCCAAGAUUUCCACUAGAAACUAUUCAAAUGGAAUCUGCAUCCCCACUCAACCCAAUGCACCUGUAAUAAAUUAAAUAUCUCGCAAAAUCGCCUACCUUUCUGAUACGCAAUAUUAUU